AUGGAAACUGCGCAGUCCCUCAGUUUGGAGCGGAAACUUGACACCACAUCUUUGCGAUCUGCCGAAGACCUAGACGCGGCCCAACAACUCAUUUCAUCCGCUAGAGGAUUGCGUCCGAUUCUAGCCUUCCCUCAACAAGACAGAGUGUUUUCAAGCAAUGACAACAGGCAGAGCGCCAACAAGCCAAACAUGUCGGAUGAAAUGGAUAUGACGCCGGAUCAAGACAUUGAUCAAACACCAUCCAGAGGACCACAACGAUCACCGAAACUACAACCAGGUCGCGAUACUGCUUUUCUAGGACAUUCAUGCAGUAACUGCGGCACUAAGAGCACACCUUUGUGGCGGCGGUCUCCAACGGGUGCGACAAUAUGCAAUGCCUGCGGACUGUACUUAAAAGCCAGGAAUGUACAUAGGCCGACGAAACGCAAUCGAAAUCGUCCACAGUCAUCUACAACAGGUCCAAAUCCCGAUUCACAAAGUACUUCGCCGGCUCCAACGACGGCUCCAGCUGAAACUGGUUGUGGCUCAACGGGAUCCUGCCCGGGUGGAGGGAACUGCAAUGGAACUGGUGGUGCAGAGGGAUGUGAUGGUUGUCCAGCCUACAACAAUCGAGUUUUUAAAUCUACUGCGCGCGCAGCUAGCGGCCAGCCUGUGCCGCAACCCGCUGCUAAAACAGAACCACAACCCAAUCUCUCAGCUGAUUCCAAUAUACCCGGAGCAGAAGGUGGGGGAGAGUUGCUGGUUGCAUGUCAAAAUUGCGGUACUACGGUAACGCCAUUGUGGCGACGAGACGAGAAUGGCCAUCCUAUUUGCAACGCUUGUGGUCUGUACUACAAACUUCAUGGAUGUUACCGGCCAACAACGAUGAAGAAAUCAAUUAUCAAACGACGCAAGCGAGUGGUCCCUGCAAUGCGCGAUCAUUCACCAGGUGCUGGGACUCAAUCAUCAGCUGAAUCCUCCGCAUCUCCGGAAGUUCAUCCAGCCCGACUUGCGCACGGCCUUGAUAGGCCGAGGUUGGCACCUCCACCAGUCGAUUUUACAGGCUACAACAUGAAUGCCGUUCCUGCGGUUUCUCACCAUCCUGGUCCCCGUCUACCAGAACUACAAUCUACAUUCCAGCGCCAAUCACACUCCCCUGGCGCGGCCUCCAACAGAGACAGCGAUACUCUCCCACCAAUGGAAUCAUCCAAUCAACUUCCGCCAAUCAUGUCUCAAACGUACCCUGCACCUCUAGCUCGACUGAGCCCUAUAUCUUCGAUACUCAACCCCGGCGCGAAUUCGGCGGAUAAUAGCAAGAUGCCUGCUGGUGGCUAUCGGCAUUCACAAUCUCCGCCCAUUCCGUCCCCGGGACCGUCGGACGCUUACAAAUACGAGCGACGAGUGCAGCUUCAACGAGAAGCCGAGCUAAUGCGAGAAGCAUUAAAGGCAAAGGAACGCGAACUAGCCGAGUUGGAGUAG